AUGACACGUGGCCAACACGUGAUGCUGUUGCUCAUGUUAGCGUGCUUUAUGGCGCUAGCUAUGGCUGGUAAAGAUUACUAUGAGGUAUUGGGCAUCACUCGUGAUGCGUCAUCGGUUGAGAUCAAGCGGGCUUUUCGUAAAUUGUCACUUAAGCAUCAUCCGGAUAAAAAUCCAGGAGAUGAAAAUGCUGCCAAGAAAUUUGCGGAAGUGGCCAAUGCGUAUGAUGUCCUUUCAAAUGAUGAAAAGAAGAGCCAGUAUGAUCGUUAUGGUGAAGAAGGGCUGAGCAAUAGUGCUGGUGGAGAUGGUGGCCAUGACCCGUUUGAUAUUUUCUCGCAGUUUUUUGGUGGUGGACGCAGAAGGAAAGAGCGGGAACCAUCACGUAGUCCAGAUGUGGUGAUGCCAUUGCGAGUAUCACUGGCCGAUCUGUUCAAUGGCAAGAGUCUGCAGUUUUCUAUUCGUCGUGAGACACUUUGCCACCAUUGCCAUGGCAAAGGUGCGGCUCAUGAGGAGGAUAUUCAAGUAUGCUCAGAAUGUGAUGGACAUGGUGUCAAGAUGGUAACUCGGCGCAUGGGUCCGGGUUUCAUCCAGCAGUUUCAAACUACUUGUGAAAAGUGUCAUGGCGAGGGCAAAAUCCACACGAGCACAUGUCCAGUGUGUAGCGGUCGCAAGGUGGUGAUGGCUGACCUUGACUUUGAUGUGGUGUUGGACAAGGGCACGCCUGACGGGUUUGAGAUUGAACUGGAAAAUUACGCUGACCAAAUUCCAGGCCAAUCGGCAGGUCAUGUUCGUCUGCAGGUAACGACUGCACCGCAUCCGAUUUUCACGCGCGAAGGUGACAAUUUAUGGAUGGACAUGGACAUAUCACUGCGCGAAUCGCUUGUGGGUUUUAGAAGAACCUUUACGCACUUAGAUGGACGGCGAGUGGAAGUAGUACGUGAUGACAUCACGCCGCCUCGUUAUGUUACGGUGCUGAAAGAUGAAGGCAUGCCGAAGCAGCAUCGUCCAUCUGAAAGAGGCCAGCUGCACAUUAAAUUUCACGUGCAGUUCCCCGAGUCACUUUCUGAUGAGCAGAAGGUCGGCUUUGGCGAGUUGUUUUCGAUGAAGUGA